UCUUAAAAAGUCAAAGACUGCUAACAUCGAAUCAAAACGUUUUCUUCAUCGCUCGAAAACUUGGAGUAGUUCACCAUUUUCCACAAACUCAAUCUCAAUGCCUCUUCUACUUUUCUCUCGUCGUUUUCUCAUCUUCUCCACCAUCAUCCCCUUCCUCGUCUCCAUCGCUCUCUACCGGCUCGACACUUUCGACCCAGCUCUGCUUCCUCCCAAAGCAUUAGACUACUCUACCAUCUCUCUCCCUUCGCUUGUCAACGAUAAAUUGCUAACCGGAGCUGAGUUAAUCGGUGUUGGUCUUCUCAACAGCCCCGAGGACAUCGCCUACCACCGAGAAUCAAACUUCAUUUAUACUGGUUGUGUAGAUGGAUGGGUGAAACGAGUCAAGGUGACCGAGUCAUUAACUGACUCAGUCGUAGAGGACUGGGUCAACACCGGCGGUAGACCACUCGGCGUCGCUUUUGGACUUCACGGAGAAGUCAUUGUCGCUGACGCAUACAAGGGACUGUUGAAUAUAAGCGGUGACGGAAAGAAGACGGAGCUGUUAACGGAUGCAGCUGACGGCGUUAAAUUCAAGCUCGCUGACGCAGUCGCCGUCGCAGAUAACGGCGUUUUGUAUUUCACGGACGCUUCGUACAAAUACAACAUGCGUCAGUUCGCUUUUGACAUCUUGGAAGGCAGACCUCAUGGCAGACUCAUGAGCUUUGACCCGACCACACGAACAACACGUGUCCUUUUAAAAGACCUUUACUUCGCUAACGGCGUCUCUAUGUCUCCCGACCAAACCCAUCUCAUCUUCUGCGAAACACCCAUGAGAAGAUGCAGCAAGUAUUACAUCAACGAGGAGCGUGUGGAGGUAUUCAUUCAAGGCUUACCCGGUUAUCCCGACAACAUCCGGUACGAUGGAGAAGGACAUUACUGGAUCGCGAUGCCUUCGGGAGUAACAGUGUUGUGGAAGCUUGCGUUUAGAUACCCUUUCUUGAGGAAACUCACGGCUAUAGCGGCUAACUACGGCUUAGAUCCCAUGAUUUUUAUGGCGAAUGCUGGCGUUUUGGGGGUGGAUCUAGAAGGGAAGCCUAUAGCAUUGUACCAUGAUCAUAAGCUUUCUCACAUGACCACUGGAGUCAAGAUUGGGAGAUACCUCUAUUGUGGGAGUCUUUUGCAUUCACACAUAGCUCGGCUCGAUCUUCUGAAAUACCCUGCACAGAAGAGGCUUUGAACUAUCAUUUCAUUGUCACAAAAUGUAAACACAAUUGUCCAUGAAAAUGAUGAUUAAGGAUUUGAUCAUGUGACCUCUAAGUUCUAAAACUCUAUCGAAGUUUAUUCAAUAUUUAUAAGAACUGUUGUACAUUUGCUA